UUUCUCAGUGCUAUUUGUGCGUUAAACAAAUCAAAUUCAACAGAGCUAAUAUACCUAAUAGAAUUAAAGACGCAAUUAUUAUAUUCUUUUUAGUAUUUGCUUAUGCGACGUUAUUUAUUCCAACGGUAUAUCAUUUUAUAAUAACUGGGAAUAAUUAAAUGUUAGGUCAUACCAAUUGCCAUGCUGUUAACACUAGCACUACUGGGCGUGGCCAUAUUUUUGGCCUAUAGUUUCUACCAUAAUUCCUACACCUAUUGGGCCCGGAAGGGAGUUCCUCAUGAGCGCCCCCUGCCGCUGAUUGGAAACUUGAAGGGAAUUGGGUCAAAGUACCAUUUCCGGGACAUCAACCAGAGGAUCUACGAUAAAUUCAAGGGCAAGGCUCCCAUCGCGGGAAUGUUCAUGUUCUUCAAGCGAACCGCCAUGAUCACCGAUCUGGACCUCAUCAAGCAGGUGCUAAUCAAAGACUUCCAUCACUUUCAAGAUCGCGGCCUUUUCAACAAUCCUCGAGACGAUCCCUUGACAGGACACCUCCUGACUCUAGAGGGCGACGAGUGGAAAUCAAUGAGGCAGAAGCUCACACCUGUUUUCACCUCCGGGAAGAUGAAGCACAUGUCGGAAGUGGUUGUGGAGGUCGGUCAUCGCCUGGCCGAUGCCAUGGAUAAGGCCGUAGAGGAGGCCAGAGUGGAGUACGGCGAUGUGGAGAUCAAGGAUCUCUGUGCCCGGUUCACCACGGAUGUCAUUGGGUCGUGCGCCUUUGGCCUGGAGUGCUACAGUCUCCAGGAUCCCAAUGCCGAGUUCCGCGAAAAGGGUCGCAUGGUCUUCGAGAAACCCCGCCACUCUAUGCUGGUGCAGGCUUUUAUAUUCACCAAUGCCAAGCUGGCCAAAAAGUUGCGUAUGAAGGCUCUACGCGACGAUCUGACCGAUUUCUUCCUGUUAGCCGUAAAAAACACAGUCGAAUACCGCAUCAAAAAUGGCAUAAGGCGAAACGAUUUUAUGGAUCAGCUCAUAGAGCUCAGAGCCGAGGACCAAGAAGAGGCUAAAAAGGGUCAGGGUAUCGACCUGUCCAAUGGAUUGACCAUGGAGCAAAUGGCUGCCCAGGCCUUCGUGUUCUUUGUGGCUGGAUUCGAAACAUCCUCCAGUACGAUGGCGUUCUGUUUAUACGAGCUGGCUCUGCAACCCGAGAUUCAACAAAAGGUAAGGGAGGAGAUUCAUAGUGUUUUGGAUGGGAAGGAGAUAUCCUACGACGCUUUAUCCGAAAUGACCUAUCUGGAACAGGUGUUGGCAGAAACGCUUCGAAAAUAUCCCAUUAUUGCGCAACUUUUGCGCGAAACUAAUGAGAGCUAUAAAGUUCCCAAUACAGAUUUGGUUAUUGAGAAGGGAACUUCAGUUUUGAUACCCGUACACAACAUUCACCAUGAUGCGGACUUAUAUCCUGAACCGGACCGUUUCGAUCCCAGUCGCUUUGAUCCGGAGCAAUCGAGGUCCCGUCACCCAUUUUCUUAUUUGCCCUUUGGCGAUGGACCACGUAGUUGCAUUGGUCUUCGAUUCGGAAAAAUGCAAGCCAAGAUAGGUCUUGUAUCCCUGCUGCAACGCUUCCAGUUCGGCAUUUCAAAAUUAACCGAAGUCCCAUUAACUCUAGACACCCGCAGCCCUACUUUGUCUACCAAACAUGGCAUUCAUCUGAAAGUGGAGCGCAUCUAAGGACUGAACUUGGAAAUAGGACAUUUCUAUCCUUCAAAUAUAACUCCCAAAGGUCAUUUUUCCAAUUAAUGUUGGAUUCCUCUUAUCUACAAAUGUAAUACCAUUAAAAAACUAAUAUGUUUUA